AUGAAGUGGGGUCAUUACACCGUUAAUUACAGUCGCAGGGGAACACCUAUCGUUCCUGUACUAAAAGACGGUUCAGUACGAAUUUGUGGUGACUUUAAGGUUACCGUUAACCCAUACAUCGAAAUUGAUCAAUAUCCUUCGCCUCGUAUCAAUGAACUUUUUGUCAAAUUACAAGAAGGCGUUCAUUUUUCCAAGUUAGAUUUAUCUAACGCUUAUCAACAAAUUUGCUUAGAUCAAUCUUCAAAGGAAUUGAUGACAAUUUCCACUCACAAAGGUUUAUAUCAAUAUAAUAGGGCACCUUUUGGUAUCGCAAGUAUACCUGCUAAAUUCCAAAAAAUUAUGGAAUCAUUGUUGCAAGGCCUUGACGGUACAGUAGUAUUUCUUAAUGAUAUUUUAAUUACUGGAUGUAAUCGUAAGGAGCAUUUAAUUAGGCUAAAAAAGGUUUUGCAAAUUCUGCAGGAAUCAGGUUUAAAAAUUUCAUUACCUAAAUGUAGUUUUUUCCAAGAUCAAAUUGAGUAUUUGGGUUUCAUUAUUAAUAAAGAAGGACUACAUACAUCAGACAAAAAAAUAAAAGCCAUAAAAGAUGCAGAACAGCCCCAAAAUCUACAACCAUCAGUUAUAGCAAUACUUAUAGCGAAUUCUAUUCCACAAAACGAUUCCACCACAUCUUCAUCCAGACCUAUAAGGAUGGUAGAAUAUCAAAAACAACCUAAGCGACCACCGAUAUCCACGCCCAGAAAGAGCGUGGCAACAGAAAAUUUUGCUCUAGAACACAUCUUUGAAGAACCAAUUCCUUGUAAUAAUAACCAAUAUAUAACCACGAUACGCGACUAUAAACACGAUCCAAGAUCCAAGGUUUACAAAAGAACAGAUGAGGAGAAUCUUGAACGCGCCUUAAAUGAAAUAAAAACUGGAAUGUCAUAUAGAGAUGCAAGCAUGUAA